CUAUGGCUCUGCGGUUCCUAAUCUCAAGAGCAUCUUCACCCAGAAAUCUCCACCGGCAUCUUCUCCACGAUUAUCCGACGAUAUUUCAAUUCCUCAGAACCCUCCACUCUUUUUCCACUAAUUCCCAGAAUCCCCAUCUCCCGUAUUUCAGACGAAUGCUCUCUUCCUCUAGCAACAUUUCUCUCGAUGACCGUGUCCCCGCCACCAUCAUCACCGGCUUCCUCGGUUCUGGAAAGACAACUCUGUUGAAUCAUAUUCUAACUUCUCAGCAUGGAAAGAGGAUUGCGGUCAUUGAAAAUGAGUUUGGCGAGGUGGAUAUUGAUGGGUCCUUGGUUGCUAGUCAUUCCUCUGCAAGUGAAGAAAUUGUCAUGGUUAACAAUGGUUGCCUGUGCUGUACUGUGCGGGGAGAUCUAGUUAAAAUGCUGUUGGAGUUGGUUAAGAAAAAGCGGGACAAGUUUGAUCAUAUUGUUAUUGAAACAACAGGGCUUGCUAAGCCCGCUCCUAUUAUAGAAACGUUUUGUACUGAUGAAUUAGUCUCGCGAUAUGUGAAACUGGAUGGAGUUGUCACUUUAGUUGAUUCCAAGCACGCAAUGCAACACCUGAAGGAACUAAAACCAAGAUUUGUGGUUACCGAGGCAGUGGAACAAAUUGCUUACGCUGACCGUAUUAUUUUAAACAAGAUAGAUUUGGUAUCCGAGGAUCAGUUGGAGACAUUGACCAAGAGAAUCAAGAAAAUCAAUGGGAUGGCACAAAUGAAGCUGGCUAAGUUUGGAUCUGUUGACAUGGACUUCGUUUUGGGUGUGGGAGGUUAUGAUCUCGAUAGGGUUGAUUCUGAAGUUCAGGUAGAUAGUUCCUGUUCAACAACCCAUCAUCAUGAAACUGAAAAAGAAUGCCACAAUCAUCAUCACGAUCACAUACAUGAUUCUGCCGUAUCUAGUGUGAGUAUUGUUUCUGAAGGAACUCUUGAUCUUGAUGAGGUUGAUGAUUGGCUUGAAAGAGUGAUUGAAGAAAAAGGAGAGGACUUGUACAGAAUGAAGGGUGUCUUGUCUGUAGAAGGAUCGGAUCAACGUUAUGUUUUUCAGGGAGUACAUUCCAUGCUAGACGGUUGCCCGGGCAGUACGUGGGGACCGGAUGAAAAGAGGGUAAACAAGCUUGUGUUCAUAGGAAGGAAUUUGGAUGCAAAUGCUUUGAGAAAAGGUUUCAAAGGUUGUCUGCUGUGAUGAGAAGUUGACAUGCAUGAUGCAUCCAAUGCAAUGUUUCUCAACUAGUUAGCUUCUAUACCACGUGUUAGCAUAUCCAAUGUUGAAUUUGGGUAUUCAAAAUAUUGGUCAUGUCUUGUAUUGAAACCAUCAAUAGACAAGAUUGUUCAUUGAAUAAUACAAAUAGCUGUUACUGUUCCCUUACUGUUGGGUCUAGUGGCACCGGGGGCGGGGUGGGGCCUUUAGGGGGAGGUUGCUGGUUUAAUCUCUCCUUGUGAAAAAAAAAAAAAAAAACCUGCUCCGAAGGAGAUUGGCAUUCAGUUACAUAGAUGGCUUUGGCUAAGAGUAGGGUGAGAAUCAAGAUUUGUAAUUGGGAGUUCGUGUACGAACAAUUGUUUAAAAUAUUUUAUUUACUCAUUUGGGAGCAAAAGCUCG